UAGCGACGAAAAAUGUCAACAUUGUUUACGUAAAAGCGUGAAAUCACUCCGUAAUUUGUAAAAUAUCUUGUUUCUCUAUUAAUUCAUUAUUUAAAAUAAAAAAAAACAUGAAUGUUUUUGCGAACCCUAACAAUCUCUUAAAGCAGUAUCCUUUCAUAGCUUUCAUAAGACAUGCAUCGAAAAAGACCGGUGGUAGCACCAAAAAUCCUGCAGAUCACGGGAGGCCAAAGCACCGCGGAUGGAAGGUACAGGAUGGUCAUUUCGUAUCAGCUGGAACCAUUCUGGCCACUCAACGUACUCCACGCUUUCAUCCGGGACUAAAUGUUGGCUUUGGUAAAAAUGGAACCAUAUUCGCCCUCGAGCACGGAAAGGUUUAUGUGACCUGUGAAAAGCUGGAUUUAAACUGGGACCACACCUGGGUGCAGCGGAUCUACGCUGGACGCGAAAAUCAAACCAUCUACAAGAAAUUUUUCAACGUCGUUCCGGUUGAGCAGCACCACCGUUUUAAAUUAAUAGAAGAAGUUUAAAAUAAAAAAAAUCACUGAUUGAUCUUAAGAAAA